AUGGGUGACUGGAGCUUUCUAGGGCGGCUGCUGGAGAACGCUCAGGAACACUCCACUGUGAUCGGAAAGGUUUGGCUGACCGUCCUCUUCAUCUUCCGCAUCCUGGUGCUGGGGGCAGCAGCAGAAGAGGUGUGGGGAGACGAGCAGUCCGACUUCACCUGUAACACGCAGCAGCCCGGUUGCGAGAACGUCUGCUAUGACGAGGCCUUCCCCAUCUCCCACAUCCGCUUCUGGGUGCUGCAGAUCAUCUUCGUCUCCACGCCCACGCUCAUCUACCUGGGGCACGUGCUGCACAUCGUCCGCAUGGAGGAGAAGAGGAGGGAGAGGGAGGAGGAGGUCAGGAAGGCCGGACAACACCAGGAGGACCAUGACAACCUCUAUCACAACAGAGUAGGUAACGGAGGAGGUGGGAAGAAGGAGAAGCCACCGAUUCGUGAUGAGCACGGGAAGAUCAGGAUCCGCGGGGCGUUACUGAGGACGUACAUCUUCAACAUCAUCUUCAAAACUCUGUUUGAGGUGGGCUUCAUCCUGGGACAGUACUUCCUGUACGGCUUCCACCUGAGGCCGCUCUACAAAUGUGGGCGCUGGCCCUGCCCCAACACUGUGGACUGCUUCAUCUCCAGGCCGACCGAGAAGACCAUCUUCAUCAUCUUCAUGCUGGUGGUUGCCUGCGUCUCUCUGCUGCUCAACCUGCUGGAGAUCUACCACCUGGGCUGGAAGAAGGUCAAGCAGGGCGUCACCAACGAGUUUGUGUCUGACAGCGAGUCGCUGCUGCUGUGUGCGGCCCGGCGCAGAGAGGCACAGAGGAUACCUGAGCAGACCUCGCCAUCCGUGCUCAACUGUUUGUCGGCGUAUUCCAGUGUGGGCGCGGUGGGGGGCGGAGACGCUGAGGGAGGAGCUUACAAUCCAACAGAAGAAGCCUCCAGAGGUUUGGGCCCUAACAUGGCCGCCGAAUCGUUGCCGGCAGAGCUCAAGAUGGAUGGCGCCCCGUUCCACCCAGACGACUUCCUGCUGGAGAGGCUGCCCACUUCCUUUUAUGGCAAUGGAGACACAGUGAGCGUUGGAAGCCGCGGGCAGCUGAGGGCGAUGGAGCAGAACUGGAGCAACAUGGCACUGGAGCUGCAGGAUCUGAAUGGAAAAGACUCCUUCGACCCUCCUCCUCCUCCCUCUCCCCCCUCCUCCGCCUCCUCCUCCCCUCAGGGGGAGAUGACCCCACUGCCUCCUCAAGAGGUGCAACGCUCCAUGUGUCCCACGCUUCCUCGUAAUACCCCUCUGUACCCCCUCAUGGUGGAGGAGAGGGCGUCGGAUGAGGAAACCGCUGUCACCACAGCAUCUUGGAUGGUCCCGCACGACGACUUCACCGUGGUGACCCGGGCGGAGAUGCAUCAGCCUCCAUGUGCUGCAGCGACAGACAUUCGGAAGCCAAGUCGGGCCGGCAAGGGCAGCUGCGUCCGAGCUCGCCCGGAUGACCUGGCAGUGUAGCUGCAACACACAGGUGCACAACCGUACACACAGGCCUGAAAAACCUACAGAUCAUAAGCAGUUUUUCUCAUGAAACUCCACAAGCACAUCCUCCAGAAGAAGACUGACGCUCUGAGGCAGAUGUUGAGAAGCAGCUGGAGUCAGAAUCACCGAGCAGAGGAAGGAGUUUGGCCAGAUUACAGCGACACAUCUGUAAACUCACUGUUCUGACCACAGUCCCUCUAACACACACACACACACACUCUUUGUAAAGGAGUUGCAGGAAGGUACAGGCCCAUGAAAUGGGAAUCACAGACACACACACUCACAGUAUAAAGGUGAUGAUGAUAGGUUUGGAAGCGGAGAGGCAGCGAUAUUCUUUCAUUUUCAUCUUUUUACUUUUAUCUCUUUGCGGCGACAUCACACGAGAGGUUUGCACUUUUGUUUCUUUCUUUAU